UCUGUCUUUUCAGUUUUCCCUUUUGGAGCCAAAAAGUGGGCUAAAAAGUACAUAAAACUUUACUUUUAACAAAAGAAGCCAAGAAAUUAGAGUUCUCAUCACCACUCCAGACUUGUCAUAGACUAACCAAAAUUUCUCUGCCAGACUCCGAACUCCCCCAAUUCCCAAAAGAUGAUGGAAGAGAAUGAAAUGGAGAUGGAACAGCUACUGAGUAUGGGCUUUCCAGACGAAUUGGCAGCCCAAGCCUUAGCCGCUACCGGCGGCAAAUCCACUCUCAAAGCCACCGAAUGGAUUCUCAACCAUAAAUCCACCCCCGCCGCCGCCACCACCACCACCACCACUUCUACUCCACCUCCUCCUCCUCCUCCUCCUAUCAACAACAACAACCCAUCUCCAUUCCAACCCAAACUCGACCGUUUCUUCCACUUCCAUUCCAAACCCUCCACCACCAACAACAGUUCCCCACCACCUCCCAACGCCGUACCUCAACAAGAACAACCACAAAAAUCAACAAAUCCAAUCUCCAAGCGUCCCAAACUAUUACUCUCAAAAAACCCACUUCCACAACAACAACAAAACGACAAGCCCCACGAGCCCUUAGCAGAGCGCAUGCGACCUCGUACCAUAGACAACGUCGUCGGGCAAGACCACCUUCUUGGCACAAACUCUCUCCUUCGCUCCGCAAUCCAAUGCAAUCGUCUCCCUUCUAUUGUCCUCUGGGGUCCUCCUGGUACUGGUAAGACCUCCAUUGCCAAAGCCAUUGUUAAUUCCUGUUCUUCCUCUUCUUCUUGUUCUUAUAGAUUUGUUUCACUAUCUGCUGUUACUUCUGGGGUUAAGGAUGUUAGGGACGCGGUUGAGGAUGCUAGAAAACUAAGAAUUUCGUAUAGUAAGAGGACUGUGUUGUUUGUGGAUGAAGUUCAUAGGUUUAAUAAGUCUCAACAGGACUCUUUCUUGCCGGUUAUUGAAGAUGGGAGUAUUGUCUUCAUGGGUGCCACUACGGAAAACCCGUCUUUCCAUUUGAUUACACCUUUGUUGUCUCGGUGUCGGGUUUUAACUCUUAAUCCCUUGAAACCCCAUCAUGUUGUGGUCCUGCUUAAGCGGGCCACGGACGAUUUGGACAAGGGAUUGGCACGGAGUGUAGGGAUGCGUAUUGAUGUGAAUGAGGAAGCUGUUGAGUUUAUAUCUGCGAAUUGUGAUGGUGAUGCUCGCGUGGCAUUGAAUGCUUUGGAGAUUGCUGCUAUUUCAGCGGCUGCCCGGGUUCAUGGGGACCAAUCUAAAGGUGUAGAAGGAGGAACCCAAGGUGGGAAUUUGUUGGAAAAUGAGGAAAAUGGGAUCUGUUCAUUGAAAGCCAUUGUCACACUGGAUUAUGCUAAGGAGGCACUUCAGAGUAAGCAUCUUGCUUAUGACAAAGGUGGUGAUGAGCACUAUAAUCUGAUCAGUGCACUUCACAAAUCUAUGAGAGGAAGUGAUGCAGAUGCUGCAAUUUAUUGGUUGGCAAGAAUGUUAGAAGGAGGCGAACAACCUCUCUAUAUUGCACGGAGAUUGAUAAGGUUUGCAAGUGAGGAUGUUGGGUUGGCGGACCCAUCUGCACUUAACCAGGCUGUCGCAUGCUACCAAGCCUGCCAUUUCUUGGGAAUGCCUGAGUGCAAUGUGAUUCUUGCACAAUGUGUGGCUUAUUUGGCUUUGGCUCCCAAGUCUGUCUCUGUUUAUCGAGCUGUAGAGGCUGCACAGAAAGUAGUGAGGGAAUCAGUUGGACAGAACGAGGGAGUGCCUCUUCAUCUGAGGAAUGCACCAACGAAGUUAAUGAAGGAACUUGGUUAUGCUAAGGACUAUAUAUACCCCCCUGAUAAUCCAUCUGCAACUCAAAGUUAUCUACCACCCUCACUACAAGGGUACAAGUUCCUUGAUUAGCCUACAGUAAUAAAAAUGAUGGAUGAGAAGCGAUUUAGUUAGUGCAGGAGUUUUUGGAGCUACUACUUUGUGUUGGUUUGAUACUCCUUACAUUUCCCUUUUUGUAGAUUCUAUGUUCGUUAUAUUAUAUUGGUACUUGUUAAGCAUCAGCAUGUUUUCAAAAUUACUAACAAAUAUGUUGAAGAAUGUAGUAGAAUGUUCAAAUGUGUGCCAGAUACGUUUUGACUUUCGUAUGAGAAA